AUGACCACCACGGCUCACACAUUGCCUGUCUCGGCAGCCAAUGGCCCGAAAAUAUCCCUGUUCACUGCUGUACGACAGAACCCGCGUUUGUCGUUGCUGAGCCUUUGGCUGAUGCUCAUCUUCCUGCUCUAUGGGUAUGAGCUCGUGUUCCUGGGGUCUAUUGCUAGUCUGCCGGGGUUUCAAGCCGUCUUUGGUGUCCCCCAGAAGACCUCCGCAACCGGCUUCAUCAUUCCCACCUCUUGGCUCUCCAUUUGGUCGGUCUCCGGCCCCCUGGGUAACAUGAUCGGUGCCUUCUUUAGCGGUUGGUCGCAGGAGAAAAUCGGCCGUCGUCCCAUCCUCGGCCUCUCUGGCAUCAUCCAAGCUGCUACCGUUGCCAUAUGCUACCUCGCUGAUCAGGCUCCUAGCGACUACGGUCGCCGCAGCCUCUACUUUGUUGGCAAGUUUACGCAAGGCAUCGCUGUGGGAUCCAUCCUCUGCGUCGCCCAAACGUAUGUGUCCGAGGUUCUUCCGCCUCUACUGCGUGGGCCGACGCUGGCUUGGCCGUCCAUCUUUACGGUCCUCGGGGAGAUUAUCGGCGCCGUCAUCAUCCGGUCGCGCGUGGAUGUCGCCGGUCCCGAGUCGUACCGGGUACCCAUCGCCGGACAGUGGGCCUUUUCCGCCAUCCCCGUACUAUUGGUGAUAUUCCUACCCGAGAGCCCUGCCUGGCUUCUCCGCAAGGGCAAGGAAGACGCUGCCGUCAAGGCCUCUCGCAAGCUUCAGGGCUCCCGCGCGCAAGCCAGCUCCGGGGACCAAGUGAUGGGCUACCUUCGCGAGGCCCUUGCUCUCGAGACCGCCGAGAGCGCAAGCCGUCUCGAGCAUUCGUAUCUGGACUGCUUUCGUCCCGCGCACGGCAAUCUCCGUCGCACAGCCAUCGUCAUCUUCACAAACUUCAUCCCGCAGCUGUUUGGGCUGGCGUUCCUUGGCCACUUGACGUAUGUGCUGGAGGUGACGGGCAUGCCGGCCUCUACAGCGUCAUCGUGGUUUACUGGAGGAGCUGUGCUGAGCCUGGUGACAAAUCUGGUUGCCCUGUGGCUGCUGACCAAGGUGGAAAGGCGAUUGAUGCUGCUGUCGACGCUGGGGUUCAUAUGGCUCAUGUGGUUGAUGGCGGGCAUUGCCGGUGUCUUCCACGGCGUCGCGUCUAGUUGGGUUCUGGCUGCCGCAGCAAUGCUCGUCAAUGCCGCUGCUUCCCUAGGCGCGUGGCCCGUCUCCAACAUUGUCGCUGCCGAAGUCUCCAGCUUAAGCCUCCGUGCCCAGACCCAGGGCAUCAGCGUCUUUGCACAUUCUGCCGUCACCGUCAUCUUUUCUUCCGUUUUGCCCUAUCUGUACAACUCGACCGCCGCCAAUCUCGGCGGCAAGAUCGGUUUCAUCUAUGUCGGCUUCAUUACUAUUGGCAUUGCGGUAUCCUGGUGGAUUAUACCGGAUAUGAAGGAUCGCACGCCGGCCGAGAUUGAUGAGAUGUUUGAGAUUGGGCUGCCGGCGAGAAAGUUCAAGAAAUAUUCCUCUCCUAGUGUGGAUGGAAAAUAG